AUGGUGACAGCAAAGUUCACCUUCAGGCCUCACAGUGUAGGGCUGAGAGGAAAAAGCAGAAAUCAAGGAGGAAUGGAAAAACUAAGCAUACUAUCAACCUUCAUAGCACCCUUCAAGUACCUGAGUCCUGGCCCAGCCACCAUGGAGGAUGAAGACAAUUUGAGUACCAGCAGUGCAGAAGUAAAGGAAAAUCGAAACAUUGGCAACCUGGAGGAUCAUCCAGUAGCCUCUACUGAGAGGGCAAGAGGGGGAACACCUAGCAGUAAGAGAAAAAGACCCUUAGAGGAAGGCAAUAAUGGCCAUUUCUGCAAACUCCAGCUCAUCUGGAAGAAAGUUUCAUGGUCAGUGACGCCAAAGAACGCUCUGGUUCAGCUACACGAACUUAAACCAGGAUUACAAUAUAAAAUGGUUUCCCAGACUGGUCCAGUGCAUGCUCCCGUCUUUGCUGUUGCUGUGGAAGUAAAUGGACUUACCUUUGAAGGCACGGGGCCCACAAAAAAGAAAGCCAAAAUGCGUGCUGCAGAGCUAGCCCUGAAGUCAUUUGUUCAGUUCCCCAACGCCUGCCAAGCCCACUUCGCCAUGGGAAACUGCAUCAACCCAUCCACGGACUUUACUUCUGAUCAGGCAGAUUUUCCAGACACUCUGUUCAAGGAGUUUGAACCAUCUACACACAGUGAGGACUUCUCAGUCUACAACCCCGUUAACAACGAGUUGCUCUCCACCGCUUACCGACAUGGGCGCUUGCUCUGCCACACGCUGGACUUAAUGGGCCACGGGAAGCAGAGCAAGCACAGGGUGGCAUCCAAAGCCGAGAGUGAGAAGAACCCCGUGGUGCUGCUGAACGAGCUGCGGUCGGGCCUGCGGUACGUCUGCCUGUCAGAGACGGUGGAGAAGCAGCACAUCAAGAGCUUUGUGAUGGCCGUGCGAGUGGACGGGAGAACGUUUGAGGGCUCAGGACGUAGCAAGAAGCUGGCCAAGGGUCAAGCAGCACAGGCAGCCCUGCAGGCCCUCUUUAACAUUCGGCUGCCCAGCCACAUUCCCAGCAGGAGUAAAUGUCACCAUUUGCCACAGGAUUUUGCUGACUCCGUAUACCAAAUGGUUGCACAGAAGUUCCAGGAACUGACAGACAAUUUCACUUCCAUGCAUGCACGCCACAAAACUCUUGCAGGCAUUGUGAUGACCAAAGGUUUGGACAUCAGGCAAGCUCAGGUUAUUGUGCUGUCAUCGGGUACCAAAUGUAUAAAUGGGGAAUACAUUAAUGACCAAGGGCUUGCGGUCAAUGACUGCCAUGCAGAAAUUUUGGCAAGAAGGGCAUUUGUUCACUUCCUCUACUCACAGCUGGAGCUGCACUUAAGCAAACGGCGAGAAGACUGGGAGCGAUCAAUCUUCGUGCGAUUAAAAGAAGGAGGCUACAGGCUGCGGGAGAACAUCCUGUUCCAUCUGUACGUGAGCACUUCACCCUGCGGAGAUGCACGCCUCAACUCCCCCUACGAAAUCACAACCGACUUGAACAGCAGCAAGCACAUAGUGAGAAAAUACCGUGGGCACCUCCGAACGAAGAUCGAGUCUGGGGAAGGAACCAUACCUGUCCGGUGUCACAACGCAGCUCAGACGUGGGACGGGGUGUUGCUGGGAGAGCAGCUCAUCACCAUGUCCUGCACAGACAAAAUCGCCAGAUGGAACAUCCUUGGGCUCCAAGGUGCUCUCCUCAGCUCCUUCAUCGAACCCAUGUACUUGCACAGCAUCAUUGUGGGAAGCCUCUACCACACUGGUCACCUUUCCCGGGUAAUGAGCCAUAGGAUAGAAGACAUUGGUCAGCUGCCAGCUUCGUACCGGCGCAAUCAGCUGCUUCUCAGUGGGAUUAGCCAUGCUGAUGCCCGGCAGCCCGGAAAAUCUCCCAGCUUCAGCGUGAACUGGAUUGUAGGGAACACCGACCUGGAGGUUAUCAAUGCCACGACAGGGAAGAGGACCUGCGGGAGUCCCUCACGGCUCUGCAAGCACAUGUUCUUCACUCGCUGGGCGAAGCUUCAUGGCAAGCUGAGCACACGAGUACUAAGCCAUGGAGACAUGCCAUCAGUGUACAGCGAGGCAAAGCUGGUGGCUCAGACGUACCAGUCUGUUAAGCAGCAGCUGUUUAAAGCAUUUCAGAAAGCCGGUCUGGGCACCUGGGUGAAGAAACCCCCAGAGCAAGAUCAGUUCCUGCUAACUGUGUAAAUCACUCGGCAUCUUUGCUACACAACUGGAUCAAAUCAGCUGGAGAGAAGGCGAGGCAGGACGCAUGAGCAGAGAGAAUUGAAGCAGUCUGAGAUUUAAUAGCAACCUCCAUUGGAAUAUUUGCUUUUAAUUAUGUAUUGGAAAUACAUAAGUAGAAAGGUGUCUGAUGCACUGAACUCAACCUUAGAAAACUGAUUUUUCAUGAUCCCUUCCCAAGAACGUACCUGCCCAAAUUACAAUGCCAUCCCCACCAAGAUUCCACUUUUCAUUGUUUAUUGCUGUUGGUUAUUACUGAUUUGAGGUGUUAGUGGAUCUGAUCAAAAACAGAGUUUGUUUUCCCUCACACAAUCAGUGCAAGAGUCAUCACUGAAUAAUGGAAAAUAAUGAGCAGAGAUGGAAGUACCCCGGGCACACAGCAUGGCAGCAGCUCUCAGAGCACCCAAUAAUCAUUCACAAUAAAAGGUGUUUAACCUCUAUGCAAAAAUCAUUCUGUUAGCUGCCUAAAUCUGUGAUAAAGAAUUUGGACCUCAAAGAUAAUGAGCACUUUUAAAUUCCAUUUUCCACUGCUGGCUCUGAGCACAAAGCCAGGCGUCAGGAUGCCCUUGGUUUUUACACAUAUUCCCUCUGACGCCUUGGACAACCACUUCCCCCCAAAUCUUCAACUCUGGUCACAAGCCUCUGCAUGCUGCAGAUUUUACUUUUCCAGGCUCAGUUCAUCACACAUGCCCUUUAGACACCAGCCAGGAUGCAGAUCCUUGUCAAGAGGGCAAUUCAACCCUGCGCUGCCUGAAGACCAGUCUGACGAUGCUGCUGGCUCUGGAUCUUCAGGUAGCUGCCUAAAAUCAGGCAGGCUAUAGUCAGGACCCAGAGCUUCAGAUUUGCAAGCUUCUGAUGAUCCACAGCUCUGAAUUAAGUGGAUGUGAGCUCAGGAUGCUUCAUGCAUCUGAACAAUCACUGGGUUGGGUACCCACAACUAAGACAUCCCCAAACGAGAGAGCACAUUUGAUACUUGGCUCUUUCCUGCCUCAGUUUCUCCACCUGUCAAAUGGGGAUAAUACUGCUUAAAUGCUUCACAUCUAAGGAAUUUGGCAGGAUCAAAAUGCCUGGUCAUAUGCAACAGUGUAAGCCAGAUUCUGUCACUUUUGCAGUGAGUUUUACCUCCCCAUACAGUCCAAUUGACAUAAGCACAGCAGAUGCAACUACAGGCUACAGGGUAAGGUCUUACUCAAUGCAUGAGCUUUCAGAUUCCAGCUCUUUGUAAAUGCCAAGUGUUAUUAUUAUUAUUCAUGUUCAUCUGCAGCCUGAAAAGCAGAUGGACUUUUUCACUUAGGAGACAAGUAUACCCCAACAGUUAAAUAUUUUUUUCAUAACUGUGGCUGGGUCUGAUACAAUCUCAUCUUUGAACCAUCCCAAAUUUCAUCAGCAUGCAGAAGAUACAGUCAUGAGAGAACUGAGCUUUGAUAGUCCCAUUGCAAAACCAACUUUCAAAUGCCCUGUACAUUUCUCUAAGUUUUUGGGGUUUUAGAUGACAGGAUUUGCGGGUAUAUGACUACAGCUUUCUUUUUAUUCCUGUGAUUCUCUUUAAAUCUGUAUAUAACAUGCUGCUAUUGAUUUGUGAUAAUUGUCUUGGUAUUUUCUCAGAACUGUCAAGCUGAGUUACUUUUCAAACAACACAAGGCUCAUAUUUUUCCAUGUAAUUUCCUUUACACGGGAAACUGUUCCUAUCAAUAAAGAUAGAUGCUCUUUGUAUAGGGUUUAUCAUGUUUGGAGAGCCAUAUACAGUAAAUACAUUGUUUAUUGAUGCCCACAAUAGAAUAGCUACAGUAUUUUGAUGAGAUUUUAUUUUUAGAUUAUAAACUACAAGAUGUAUCUAUAGUGUCUUGUAUAAAAACAAUUGUGAUAAACUAGAAUUUUUAAAUUAGAUAAAACAAAGCUCUCCCCUUCUAGAAACCUUUUCAACAAAAUAAUACAUUCCAUAUUAACUACCAAAAAUAUUUAAAAAAGUAUCCUUAGAGUAGAAAUAGUUUAAAAAAAAAAAA